AUGCUCGCAAUCGCGUUUCCCGAAGCAGACUACCAUCGGCCCUGGUACCUUUCUCCAUCUGUCGCGCGCGCAUUCAUUCCGCUUCUUCAAGCCCAAACCUUGCUUCAUCUGCGUACAGAAGGACUCGAGGCGGCCCUGCGAGUUGACCAGGCUGGUGAAGUAGCAGCCAAUUACAUCUACAUGGGGCAAAUGGCAGUCCUGGGAAGUGACCGAAGGUGGGCGGCCUUAUCCAAUCAUGAACGCGCUCCAAGCUCAACACCGAGUGAAGCCGACGAUCCUACACCCGCUAGCACAAGUCGGUGGGAAGCCGCGAUGGCCUGCACUGAGGCCGUAGAAACGGUUAUUGGAGAACACUAUGAUGAACUUGAUGGAUUGAAAACCAAACAUCCGAGUAUCCCAUUGCUCAAGUCUGUCAUCGAAGAAUUCCGUGAUGAUGAACUAGAACACUUGGAUACUGCGGUAGAGCAUCAUUCACAGCGGGCUCCAGCUCAUGCAUUGUUAACUGCUGUGGUUGAAGCAGGGUGCAAGGGUCAUCCCGCCGUUCUUGAUUUCUCAAUAUAUAGCGCCUUUGCACUGGAUGAUUUCGGUUAA